AUGGAGCAGCUGAGAAUUCCAAGGGCGGCUGACGAACGAAGUCUAGCGAAGCAGACGUCGGACAUCGAGGCACCCGCAGGUGGCUCAAGCCAGUCGGAGAAAGAGCUUCAACUAAGGAACAAUCUUUCACGACCCGUGACAACAAGGGCCAGUCAACACCUGCUACAACAGCAACACAGUCUGCUUGCCGAUCUCGCUGAGCUCUGCCGCAUCAUUGAGGGCAUUUCUGCCCUCGAUUUCCUUUCCUCAACGUAUUUUGAGAAGUUAUGCAGCACUUGCGAGUCGUUCUACCUUCGUUUCUCGAGCUAUGCGGCAUAUGUCGGUCUCGAACCGCAGCAAGUCGAGCAGCCUGGAAAUGAUGAAACAAAGAGACUCGUGGUGCAAGCGCAUCUGCUUAUAGUCAGGCAGCUGGCGAAGAUAAAAGAUUGUGCGCUCACUUUUCUGCCGCAAAGAUCCAGCUCUACGCUCGAGAGAUUUCGGGAUGAGGUUUUGCUAUGCUUCGCCGACAUCAAUGGUGCCCUCGGAAAUCUCGAGCAACUUCAAUAUUCUCUACGUGAUGACCAAUUCACAUCAGUAGACAAAAAAACCGACGUCUCUCAGCCUGAGGGGAGCGAAAGCCCAGUAUCCGAGAUGAAGCCACAGCAGCAUUUACGUCGAACUUCAGCUACUCAAGACAUCGCUUCGAGCAAGCAGUCUGAACUGCUGACUAAGACCGCAGAGCCUGAUAGUGUCGUGCCUGCUGAACAGGAUGCUGCAGUUAGCAAGAAGCCCCAGAACUUGCCGCCAUAUGAUACAGCUGCGCCCUCGAGUAUAACGGGCACCAAUUCGAGGCGUCAUAACUUUUACAGUCAUCCUGCAACAGAGCCUCCAGAGCACCAUGGUUUGCGCCUGUUCGGGACCCGAACCUCUAGCUUUGCUGCGACAGGUGAAGCAUUACAUGAAUUUUCUCGUGCUGAUGAGGUCGUGGGUUACCUCGAUGACAAAAUACACGAUCAACCAAUGGGCAGCAUCAGCGGAAGUUGGAUACACCUCGAGCUUGGUCAUGAGUCGCGGCAGACGCAUAACGAGAUUAUGACUUCGCUCGAUUCCUUUGGCGUACCCAAGACGUUGCUUGACUUUGUCGAAGACUACAGGAUAUCAGUGCUGCGUGCUAGGCGUUCCCAGAACAUUUCUCGCAGUCUACCACAGGUUCCACAACGCAACAAUUCGGAUCGUCACAUCUACAACACAUGGUACAGGAGACCCCUUGGCCGAGCCCCGUAUCUAAGCAACGCAGAGGUCCGUUCGCUCUGGGAUGACAGCCUGAACGAGCAUGGGCUUCGAGGUCGAGGUCCAACAAAAGCGCGCAUGUGUGUUGAGCCUCUUGGUGUUGAAAAACGUCGAUUCUCAGAGCUUCCAUGUCGGGCUUGGGCAUUACAACUGCCAUCAAAUGAGCCAUAUUUCGACAACUUUAUGGCGCCUGCUAAUGCUGGUACACAUGGCUAUCUCCUUAUAAGUUGGCGAAACUCUUUGAUCACAAUCUCUUACGCACCGGGCCUUUUUCCCUUUUUCGACCCUAUGUGGAUCAGAGGUAACCUACUAAUGGGGUGA